CUCUACGAAAUAUUCACAUUUUUAAGUUCUUUACCGUAAAUCCUGGCUCCAAUUUCACAAAUUUAACGUGUUUUUGUUUGUUAUUUUCCAGAUCGCAGCCAUGGGCCGUCGACCAGCCCGAUGCUACCGCUACUGCAAGAACAAGCCCUACCCCAAGUCCCGCUUUUGUAGGGGUGUGCCUGAUCCCAAGAUCAGGAUCUUUGACUUGGGCAGGAAGAAGGCCAAGGUAGAUGAGUUUCCUCUGUGCGGCCACAUGGUCUCUGAUGAGUACGAGCAGCUGUCUUCAGAAGCUCUGGAAGCUGCCCGUAUCUGUGCUAACAAGUACAUGGUGAAGACCUGCGGUAAGGAUGGUUUCCACAUCCGCAUGCGCCUGCAUCCCUUCCAUGUCAUCCGCAUCAACAAAAUGUUGUCCUGUGCUGGAGCUGAUAGGCUCCAGACUGGAAUGCGCGGUGCUUUUGGCAAACCCCAGGGCACCGUGGCCCGUGUGCACAUUGGUCAGGUGAUCAUGUCUGUGCGCACCAAGGCCCAGAAUAAGGAGCAUGUGGUCGAGGCUCUGCGCAGAGCUAAGUUCAAGUUCCCCGGACGCCAGAAGAUCCAUAUCUCCAAGAAGUACGGCUUCACUAAGUUCAAUGCCUGUGACUUUGACGACAUGAUGGCUGAGAAGCGUCUGAUCUCAGACGGCUGUGGCGUGAAGUACAUCGCCAGCAGAGGCCCUCUGACCCGCUGGAAGGCCCUUCACGCCGUGUAGGCUUUCUAACCGACAACCAAUAAAAAUCCAUAUCUCCAAGAAGUACGGCUUCACCAAGUUCAAUGCCUGUGACUUUGACGACAUGAUGGCUGAGAAGCGUCUGAUCUCAGACGGCUGUGGCGUGAAGUACAUCGCCAGCAGAGGCCCUCUGACCCGCUGGAAGGCCCUUCACGCCGUGUAGGCUUUCUAACCGACAACCAAUAAAAGUGGGUUUGAUUACAAAA